AUGUUCGAAGUCGGUGCCUCUGUGGUAUGCACGGUGUUUGCGCUGAAUUUCCAUCAUCGAACAUCAGAAAGCUAUCAUCCGAUGACACCUUUAACGCGGAAGAUCCUCCUUGACUGGCUGCCGAUGCUUCUUUGCAUGGAGCGUCCGCCGCCAUUUCGUCUGGAGGAAAUCAGUGAAAGUAACGGUCAUGUUGUUUGCGAGAGACAUAAAGAUAAAAGGUACAGUUUUAGAAAAGCAAAGGAUAUAUUGUCGAUCUCGAAAAAACCUCUCCUCAAUAACUGCUACCCACCGCUUGACCACAAAACAAAAGCAGUACAUCUCGACUUCUGUCAUGGGGGUCGAAUAGAGGUUCGUCGCCGGCCGACGAGUACAGAGCGAAAUUCCUUUCCCCUCUCAAUGACGUCCAACAAUGUCAGUUCACCCGUGCUUGCUCAAAAAUACACAUUCUCUAAACUUCAUGUGAGUGUUUACGAGGUUUCAUUUACAGCAAACUGCGCUCCUCCCGUGCAUAAGUAG